CCAAAUCAACAACGACUACCAGCUAUCAACAGAUACAGAUUUGGUUAUCAUGUGAAACUAUAUAAGUAUUAAAGCUAAGAUAAUGGCUGAUUUAAUAAGACCUGAUUGUAAAACGACCGAUUUCGAAGUGUACGGUAAAGUGCAGGGUGUUUACUUUCGGAAGCACACUCAAAAGAAAGCAUCGGAACUCGGUUUGAAAGGGUGGGUGAUGAACACCCCUCAAGGAACUGUGGUUGGUCAGAUGCAAGGGCCCCAAAGAGCUGUCGAUGAUAUGAAAAUCUGGUUGCAACAAGUUGGGAGUCCAAAAUCGAAAAUUGCUAGAGCUACAUUCAGGAACGAAGGUACCGUAAACAGCUGCGCUUUUAGGACCUUUGAGAUAAGAAGAUAAAUACUGACAGUUUUCAGUUCACCAUCGGACUGGCCGACAAUGAUUUUGCCCCAUUUUUAAUCCAUUAAAUUAUUCUUUU